AUGGAGCUAGCGCUGAAGUACAUCGACUUCGAAGCGACCAAAUACGAUGUGCAGAAGGCCAUAGAGGCCGUCCUACAUGGUCCGGACUUGUACGACCCUGAGGAUCCCAACAACAAGGGGCGCGUACCGAACUUCUCUGUCGUGCUGAAGGAGAGUCAUGUUGGUCGCCUCCACGCAGGCGAAGGCACGCUCGGUCUUCCAUCCCGUCGACUAGGCGAGCGCUUCUUGGACUGGCUGCAUGAUCCCGCACAUCGUAAAGAGGGUAUCCGCGUUUGCGGGCGCAAACUCUACAUCAGCAAGUCCCAGACACGCAUGUCUGAGGAGCACCAGCAGAUACUCGAGAAUGCGGUGUAUAUCGCACCUGAGCAGGAGAAGCGUCGUCAGAAGAUACUGCACCAUCUCUCGGAGCGCCUGCGCAUCGCAAGAGUUCAGUUCGGAACUUGGUAUAGACCGACCCCAGUCAGAGGGAAAGUGCAAAACAGGAUCUUCUCGGUCGAAUACGAAUGUGACUACACUGAGCGCAGCGAGGCUUGGGUUGAGGUUGUGUACGACCACAAGUCAAUCAAGAUUGAGCUCGGCAGUCGCUAUACCGAGGAAUCAUGCAAGUUCGUCAACGUUAAGUUCAGUUCCAUUAACAAGAUCGCAAUUGGUGAAGAAUUUGGGAACCCUUAUGUCGUGUUCGACAUGAUCGUUCCUCCCGAUUUCGAGAUGAUGAACUUCAGCGGCGCAACCCCUGAUGGCGUCCGUAGGAAGAUGUUCAAAGACCGUGACCGCGUCUGUGGCUUAGAUGACGCACAUGCCCGCGUCGCACCGUACUCCCCGCAUCUGCGCCUAGUACUCUUCAAGAUGGGCGAUCUGGAUAGGUUCUACGCGCUCUGCAGAAUAGCGCAGUGUCAGCCACACCCGCUCCGGAUGGAUCAUGUUGAGGCCGAAUCUCGUCGGUUCUUCGCGCAGAAGGAGAUGCAUUACUUGAGCAGGUGGCUUAGAUCCAUGCCAUGGCGAGAUGCAUUCCAGGUUGAAGCGCUCCUGCGUAAUGGACUUCUGAACACGAACGAUCUCUUGGUCGAUCUUCGUGACCCCAUAGAUGCUGUGAUUCGAGAUUUUGGUUCACUUGCAUCCGAUAUCUUGCGGCUAUUCUGCAACGAUCUUUCAUUGCGUCCUCUAUCGGAGACACCAGCUCAAUGUUUCCAGCGUGUGCGGGAUGAGAAUGUGGACGUCACGCCUCUUCGCCUGGCGCCAGGCCACUUUGCCUGCCACCACAUUACAUUCACACCUACCCGCACACUGCUGGAAGGACCUUACGCUACCCAGUCGAACCGCGUCAUCAGACGAUACCAAAGGGCACAUGCACCUGAACUCCUUGACAACUUUGUUCGCGUGGACUUCAGGGAAGAGGACCGGCUUCCAUUUCGCUGGGACCGGAACGUCGAUGGGAGCUAUCUUCUACAACAACGCGUCGGGCGUAUCUUGAAAAAAGGCUUCGAGCUUGGAGGGAGACACUUCGAGUUCCUGGCAUAUUCGUCUUCCGCACUCCGCUCACAUGCCGUUUGGUUCAUGUCAUCGUUCAUUGACCCAGAUGCGAAACCGAAUGAUUGCGAGGUCACACCGGAAGGGAUCCGACGCAGUGUGUUGGACUUCAAGGUGAAGGACAACGAGGAACUGCUUAGACAGCCCUCAAAGUUAGCCGCCCGCAUUGCGCUGGCGUUUACGGCAACGGACCCAUCAGUGACACUCGAUUCCAGUCAAUGGGAAGAGAUACCUGACAUAAGGACUCUGAUGGAGAACGGGGGAACUUCAUGCCAUACAGAUGGUGUUGGCACUAUCUCUCCUGAGCUUGGUGACAUGAUAUGGACUGUCAUGUGCGAAGCGUCGAGCAACUACCGCAUCAACCGCGUCAAGCCAUCCGCGUACCAGAUACGUUUCCUCGGGUACAAAGGUGUGGUCGUCGUAGACCAUCGCUUGACGGGCGUGCGGAUGCGCCUGCGCAGAUCUCAGCGUAAGUAUGUCGCACACGAAGUUACCAGCGCGCCUCUGGAGAUCGCGCGUGCGUUCGACUAUCCCAAUACAGCAUUCCUAAACAGGCCAGUCAUCAUGGUACUCGAAGAUCGGGGAGUACGCAUGGAGCAUCUACUUGAACUGCAACAGUUUGCCAAAAGGGACGUCUAUACCGCGCGCGAUAAUUUGGACAACUUCAGGAAGCUCCUGAAGCUGAACAACCUCGGGAACAAGUUUCAUCUCGCCUUCAUUGUGGAGUCGCUCAGCUGUCUCGGUCUGGACUUCAAAGAACAUGGUAGCAUGAAGGCACUCGGAAGCGAGGUCUUCAGUCGUCUGCUGCGAUAUGCGAUCAAUAGCGUGCUCAGGACGCUCAAGCACCGGGCGCGUAUACCCGUGCCUAAGAGCUACAAACUCGUGGGCGUCGCUGAUGAAGGGGUACAAUACAUCAGAGAUGGGGUGUCAGCAGACGAUGUCUAUACUCUCCCAGCAGGGCGCAUAUUCGCUUGUAUACAAGAGAGCCCCGAGGAUGAGCCCGUCUUUCUGAAAGGGCUGUGCUCGAUCUCUCGAAGCCCGGUUGUUCACCCCGGCGAUGUGCAACGCGUGUUUGCGAUUGGCAAGCCUCCAGAAGGCAAGAUAUGCUUCUUCAGGGGCCUCAAGAACGCGGUCGUUCUUCCAGCCCAAGGGCCUCGCUCGUUAGCGGACUGCCUCGGCGGCGGCGAUCUCGAUGGAGAUCAGUUCGACGUGUUCAUCAACAAUCCCGAUCUCCUGCCAACGACACAGUGUGAGCCAGCUGCGUAUCCUGCAGUUGAUCCGUGGACACUUCCGCAGGGCCGGACCGUGACUGUUGAGGAUAUCUGUGACUUCAUCGUAGAAUAUAUCAACUCCAAUGUUCUUGGUCUUUUGUCUGACCGGCAUCUUACCAUCGCAGAUCAGUCCAAACAAGGAACAUACGAUCGUCACUGCAUGAUGCUCGCCUCUAUGUGUAGUCGCGCGGUCGACUACGCAAAACAUGGCGUCCCGAUAGAUCUGAACGAAACAAGACUUCCUCGAUACCUCAUACCAUACAAGCCCGACUGGCACAAAGCCGAAGUAUCCGACGUUCGCGACAACGAUUACUACGUAUCUGAGCGCGCCCUGGGACAUCUCUAUCGUGAUAUCACGCUGAUAGCGGACGAUGCACCCCUUGAGAUACCGAUCUUUCCUAUUGGACCGCCCAUGACGGACACAAUCUCGACGGCUCUGCUACCCAUCGUGCAACAAGUGCUUUCCGAGGACGAGGGCGCGUCGGUCGAGAGCGAUGCUGCAUUGAUUAGCCUUGCCUCCGACCUGUUCACGCGGUAUGCGCACGAGUUGCGUUACAUACGCUCCACGCACUCCCUUUCGAACAAUCCAGGCGUCCAGCUUUCCGAAGAGGAAGUGGUCCUGGGCGUCAUACUCUCCACGAGCACAUAUCGGGGUCUACGAGAGGAUCGCACCUAUCGCAUGAAGCUACACACGGAAACGUUGAUACGCGACAUUCGCGAGAAGCUGCACAAGUCUACACCAGACGACGAGCCAGGUGUGACUAGAGCCGGUCUGCGGCGCGCUUGGCUCGCAUAUGCAUGGGCCCAGGAACAUAGGGAGAAGGAAGGGGCCACUAGCUUUGGACUCCUCGUCCUUGGGAUAGUGUUGGAUUGUUUGAAGAUCCUGCAUGUUCUUCCGGUACGGAAGGAAGUUUCACCGCCCAUGUCUGACGAUGAAGACGACGAAUACGAUUGA